UUUAACUGUAAAUAAACACUGCAGUGCAGCAGCGUGAUUCUAAUUACUGACGUGAAAGUGAUAUUUUAGAGAAAAAAAAGAUGCCUAAAUACAAAGUUGGUGAUGUUGCUGCAUUAUUUCCAAAGCCAUCAGCGCCAAAAUCAGAUACUGGGAAGAAAAUACAAUCCAUGUUUGAUGAUUUUUAUAAAAAUUCUAAAAAACUGAAUAAACCUAGCCAUACUCAGUUUGGACAGAAAAAGAAGCAAAUAAAUAGCAAAGAAAAAUUUUCAGAAAGUCCUAGGGAAACUAAAAAGAAAAAGAGGAAGUACUUAGAUGAAGAUGAUUCUCUGUCAAAUACUCAAGACACAGUAAAGACUCAGACCAAACAAAAGAAACCUAAGCUUGAUUCUGCUCAUGAUAAUUUGAAUGGAAAGAGCACAGAAGAAGAGGAAAAUUAUUUUCCAAGGAACAAAAAGAAGUCUAAACAUUUCAAUUCUGUCAAAGAAAAUUCUUCAGCAUUUUCAAAAAUGGCUUUUGAUGAUGGCGAAGAUGAAAGUUUCUCACAGUUUGAUUCCGAGGAACAGAAACCAAGUGACCAAAAGAAGAAGAAAAAGAAAAAGCAGUCACAAACUGAAGCCUCUGAAAAUAAUGACCAUGAAACAUUGAAGAAUAAAUCUUCCAAAAAGAUGAAAAAAUUUGUAAAUAGUAAAAAUCAGAGUGAAGAAUUUGAUGUAACUGAUACCAGUGCAUUUGAUGAACCCAUGGAAGAAGAACACUCAUCUGAGAAAAAGUCGAAAAAGAAAAACAAGAAACAAAAGAAAGAUAAAAUUGUUCACAAAGAUGCUGUUGCACAAGAUAUGGACCCUGAAGAUAUUGAGGAUCAGAAUGAUGAUGAAGAACCUAAAAUCAAACAGAAGUCUAAAAAAAUGAAAAAGCCGUUGCCUUCAGAAAAUGGUCAGAAUCAGGAUUCUGAAACAGAAAAGAAAUUGAAACAAAAAAGUGAAACCUUACAACUGAAUUCAAGUAAAAAAAAGGGGCAAAGAAAGCCAGUGGAAUCAGCUGAGCGCCUAUCCCGAACAUUAUUUGUUGGAAAUUUGCCAGUUAGAAUGACAAGACAAGGAUUACAAAAGUUAUUUGCUCCUUUUGGAUCCAUUGAAGCUUGUCGCCUUAGAGGAACUGUGCCUGUUAAGUCUACAAUUCCUAAAAAAGUAGCAGCUAUUAAAAGUGAAUUUCAUGUUGGUCAAAAAAGCUGCAUUGGUUAUGUUGUUUUUAAAGAUGCAAAAGAUGCGGCCGAUGCUUUAUCCCUAAAUGGCCUACUAGUUUAUGAUCACCACAUAGUGGUAAAUCCAGCUUCAUCUUCUGGAGAAAAGAAGACAUAUGAUGAAAAACGUUCCAUUUUUAUUGGAAAUCUUCCUUUUGAUGUUGAAGAUGAAGCUAUUUGGUCUGCAUUUUCCACAUGUGGGCAUGUUGAGGCUGUACGAGCAAUAAGGGAUCCAGAAACUGGCGCUGGCAAAGGCUUUGGCUAUGUUUUAUUCAAGAAUAUUGAUUCCAAGGAAGCUGCAUUAAAACUGGAGGAAAUUGAAAUAUCCGGCAGAAAAAUCCGAAUCAAAGAAAUCAAAUCUAAUAUUAAGAAGUCAGCACCUUCAAAUAAUAAUAAAUUCAAUGCUCUGAGAAGAAAGGCAAAGAAACUGAAGGGCAAACAGGAUGGCCCAAAUAGCAGGAAAUCCCUGAAGAAACUCAUGAACAGGGAAAAGCGCAGUUAUCAGAAAAAGAAAAUUGUUAACAUUUUCAAGAAAUUUUCCACUUAAUUGUUGAAAAUUGCGUUUAGUUUUGUAAUAUCUGGUUAAUAAAGCAUUUUUAUAUUUAA